AUGUUUGUCAACAGCACGGCUCUGCUGUUGACCAGCAUUACCUACAUCUCCAUGGAGAUUGUCAUUGGGCUCUGCGCCAUAGUGGGCAAUGUGCUGGUCAUCUGGGUGGUCAAGCUGAACCCCAGCCUUCAGACCACCACCUUCUAUUUCAUUGUCUCCCUGGCCCUGGCUGAUAUUGCUGUUGGGGUGCUGGUCAUACCUUUGGCCAUUGUCGUCAGCCUGGGCAUUACGAUCCACUACUACAGCUGCCUUCUCAUGGCCUGCCUGCUGCUGAUUUUCACUCAUGCCUCCAUCAUGUCCUUGCUAGCCAUUGCUGUGGACCGAUACCUGCGGGUCAAGCUCACGGUCAGAUACAGAAGGGUCACCACUCAAAGAAGAAUAUGGUUCGCCCUGGGCCUUUGCUGGCUGCUGUCAUUCCUGGUGGGAUCGAUACCCAUGUUUGGCUGGAACAUGAAACUGACCUCAGGGUACCCCGGAAAUAUGACCUAUCUUCCUUGCCAAUUCCGUUCUGUCAUAAAGAUGGACUACAUGGUCUAUUUCAGCUUCUUAACUUGGAUUUUCAUCCCCCUGGUUGUCAUGUGCGCCAUCUAUAUUGACAUCUUCUGUGUCAUCCGAAACAAACUCAGUCAGAGCCUUUCUAACUCCAAAGACACGGGCGCAUUUUAUGGACGGGAGUUCAAGACAGCCAAGUCUCUAUUUCUAGUUCUCUUCCUGUUUGCUUUGUCCUGGCUGCCUUUAUGCAUCAUCAACUGUAUCAUCUACUUUAAUGGCCAUGUGCCAACAGUUGUGCUGAAAUUGGGCAUCUUGCUGUCCCAUGCUAACUCCAUGAUGAACCCUAUCGUUUAUGCUUAUAAAAUAAAAAAAUUCAAGGAAACCUAUGUCUUGAUCCUCAAAGCCUGUAUGAUCUGCCGGCCCUCCGAUUCCUUGGACCCAAACAUUGAACAGAUUUCUGAAUAGUUAUCCAUGAAUGACAACCGUCUGUCUCAUUGACCUUCAGAGUCAACAUCAACACCCAUUUGAGGGACUAUCCAUGUGGGCUAAGAGUUUUCCUAUCCUUGAUUCCUUCCACUGAUGAGGAGAGCACUUGGCUGGCUGCUUCUAAUUGUACCUCUUCUACUACCCUCUUACUCUAAUUCAAUUUUUUUUCUUGUCUUUCUUCUCUAAUUCAAUUUUCUUGAUGCCCGACUGGAGGAUAAUGUUCUACUGUUCCUCCUCCGAUGGAGAAGUCAUGGAAUCUGAUGGAUGCCUCGUUGACUUACUAACAAAAGGCACCGUUUGGGCUGGAUGCAUUUGUGAUGGUGACUCGGUUCCACUCCAUGGUGGAACCAAGCAGAGAACACUGCACUCAGCAGAUACCUGGGAGACGGUGGUAACAG